AUGGUUCUUCUAAAAGGAACGGAAGUAACGGAAGGGACGGAUGGAAGGGAUGGAACGGAAGGAACGGAAGUAACGGAAGGAACGGAUGGAACGGAUGGAACGGAUGGAACGGAUGGAACGGAAGGAACGGAAGGAACGGAAGGGACGGAUGAAACUGAUGGAACGGAAGGAACGGAAGGAACUGAUGGAACGGAUGGAACGGAUGGAACAGAAGGAACGGAUGCGACGGAUGGAGCGGAAGGAACGGAAGUAACGGAAGGAACGGAUGGAACGGAUGGAACGGAUGGAACGGAAGGAACGGAAGGAACUGAUGGAACGGAUGGAACGGAUGGAACAGAAGGAACGGAUGCGACGGAUGGAGCGGAAGGAACGGAUGGAACGGAUGGAACGGAAGGGACGGAUGAAACUGAUGGAACGGAAGGAACGGAUGGAACUGAUGGAACGGAAGGAACAGAUGGAACGGAUGAAACGGCAGGAACAGAUGGAAGGGACGGAAGAAACGGAAGGUGUUACAGAAACAAAAAAGUCUGGCGCACUAAAGUGAUGCUAAAUAAGGGACUUCGUAAGAUGAUGCGCGUUUGUGUAGAGGAAAUUGUUAUU